ACGACCAGUCGGUGCGUCCAUCGAAAUGACGGUCCGACGAUCACGUGCUUUAAGCAGCGGGCCACAGAAGACCCCGAGCCGAAUUUGUUGACAUCAUAAUGAUAUAAACUCACAUAUUCGGUUCUUUCUCACUCUUCUUUCUCAAUGUCAACCACAAAAGUCGACGGCCGUGCCAUGCUGGCAGCUACGAUAGCCAGUGGACCCAAACCGCGCGUUUUUGAGGACAAGCUAGAGGAAAGGGCAUGGCGCAAGUUCAGAUUGGCGCAAGCUCUGAGGAUAUUUGGCAACCGAGGCUAUGACGAAGGAAUUGCAGGGCAUAUCACAGUUAGGGAUCCAAUUGAGACAGAAUGUUUCUGGGUCAAUCCAUGGGGUCUCCACUUCAAGCUCAUCCAGCCGGAGGACCUCCUUCUAGUUGACUUUCAGGGAAAGAUAUUGCAAGCUGGGAAAUACCCCAUGUUGAACACUGCGGCGUUUCUUAUUCAUUCGAAAAUCCAUGCGGUCAGGCCUGAUGUGAUAUGCGCGGCACAUUCGCAUUCCCUGUAUGGAAAGGCCUUCGCGGCGCUGGGAAAGCCACUGGAUAUGAUUUCGCAGGAUAGUUGCGCGUUUUAUAAUGAUCAUGCGGUGUACACGGAUUAUAGAGGCAUUGUGUUUGACGUUGAAGAAGGGGAUGCGAUCGCUAAAGCAUUGGGAUCAUACAAGGCGGCUAUACUCCAGAAUCAUGGGCUGCUUGUUGCUUGUGAUACGAUCGAAGCGGCCGUAUGGUUUUACAUUUCUCUGGAGAAGGCAUGUCAAGUUCAGCUCCUUGCUGAUGCCGCAGGGAAGACGGUGAAGAUUUCGUCUGAACAGGCUGCAGAGACGGGCUCGAAGGUUGGAAAUAAGAUUGCGGGAUGGUUCAGCGGCCUAAUGGAGUUUGUUUUGUUGGAGAGUGAGGAGCAGAAUUCCUUCGUGUACUCGAAAGAGUAACGUUCUUUGUAAUCAUUGAGUUCGAUAUACUAGAGACAGAUAGUUCAUACAUGUUAAAGCAACGACAAAGCUACGAGCAAAGCAAAAUUGUACGAGAGAGCGGUAGCGUGUAAUUUGUUCAGUGGAUACAUACUGGGAUGCGAGGAAAUUCUUCUUUUCUUCACUAAUUAGUAGUCAAGAACUUCCUCCCAUACUUCUUUUUAGUCUUGGGCAGACACACUGUAGAGAGCCAUGUCGACAACGCACUCAUGCUGAAUCCCUCCCGGGCGCGCAAAGACUCAAACAUCACC